UCUUCCCGUCCCACCGUCCGUCGCAAAAAUUCAAAAAAGAUUGCGCUUUCACUGCGCUGAUCCGCUCCAAGGAAGCCGCCGCCACCUCCCCGACCGAACCCAUGGCUUCCGCCAAGGAAACUUACCGCGCCGAGCUCCGCGCCGCCGCCCGCCAACUCGGCGAGCGCUGCCUCUAUUCCGCAGCUAAAUGGGCGGCUGAGCUGCUCGUCGGCGUCGAGCCAGACGCGGCCCCGGCCCUGUCGGCCGUGAUGGACUCCCCUUCCUCGUCCGCGGCCUCCGGCAGGCGGCUGCUGCACCUGCACCGCAGCGGGGGGUCCAGCUUCCGCCACCGCCCCCGCCCCGGUGGAGGCAGUUCCGAGGCCGGGACCCCGCUCGGCAGCGUGUCGUACGUUAGCACGCCCAUCCUGGACGACGACGCGUUCGAUGCGGGGGGCGACAAGUACCUGCUUGCCAAGACCUACUUCGACUGCCGCGAGUACCGCCGCGCCGCGCACGUGUUGCAAAAGCAGGUCGGGCGUAAGGCCGUGUUCCUGCGAUGCUACGCGCUCUACAUGGCCGGAGAGAAGCGGAAAGAGGAGGAGAUGAUAGAGCUUGAAGGAUCUCUGGGCAAGAGUAAUGCUGUUAAUCAGGAACUAGUUGCAUUGGAGAGAGAGCUCUCAACACAUCGGAGAGCUGGCUCCAUUGACUCAUUUGGACUGUAUUUGUAUGGCAUCGUUCUGCGUGAUAAAGGAUGUGAAGGUCUAGCUAGAACGAUUUUGGUAGAAUCUGUCAACAGCUACCCUUGGAACUGGAGUGCUUGGUCAGAGUUACAAUCUUUAUGCACUAGAAGUGACAUUCUGAACAAUUUAAAUCUCAAGAAUCACUGGAUGAAAGACUUUUUCCUUGCUAGUGCAUAUCUGGAACUAAAGAUGCAUGAAGAAGCUCUGAAAAGAUAUGAACGCUUGAUGGGGGUCUUUCGCUGCAGUGGCUACAUUCAAGCUCAAAUAGCAACAGUGCAGUAUAAUAUGAGGGACCUAGAUGAAGCUGAAAUGAUUUUCGAAGAACUACUCAGGACAGAUCCUUUUCGUGUGGAUUCCAUGGAUAUUUACUCAAAUUUACUAUAUGCAAAAGAAACCUUGACUGCUUUGAGUUUCCUUGCGCACAGGGUAUUUUUGACAGAUAAAUACCGCGCGGAAUCGUGCUGCAUAAUUGCAAAUUACUACAGUCUGAAGGGACAGCAUGAGAAAUCAGUUGUGUACUUUCAAAGGGCACUAAAGCUUAACCGAAAGUACCUCUCAGCUUGGACUCUUAUGGGACAUGAGUUUGUUGAACUGAAAAAUACCCCUGCUGCAAUUGAUGCUUACAGAAGAGCUGUUGAUAUUAAUCCUAGAGAUUACCGUGCUUGGUAUGGUCUUGGUCAGAUCUAUGAGAUGAUGGGAAUGCCAUUUUACGCACUUUAUUACUUCCGGAAAUCAUCUUACUUGCAACCUAAUGAUGCUCGUCUUUGGAUUGCCAUGGCUCAGUGCUACGAAAGUGAUCCACUUCAAAUGAUCGAAGAAGCCAUCAAGUGCUAUGAGAGGGCUGCAAAUAGCAAUGACAAUGAAGGAAUAGCACUUCGCCAACUAGCAAAGUUACAUGGCAUGCUGGGGCAAUCCGAGGAAGCUGCAUUUUACUAUAAGAAGGAUUUAGAGAGAAUGGAGGUUGAGGAAAGGCAAGGCCAGAAUAUUGUUGAAGCUCUGCUUUUCCUUGCUAAACAUUACAAGAGCAUAGGCAGGUUCGAGGAAGCAGAGCAUUAUUGUACAAGGCUCUUGGAUUACACUGGUCCAGAGAAGGAGACUGCUAAAAAUAUGUUACAAGGGCUAAAAAGAGCACAGUCGGGGUUUCCAUCAAUGGAUAUUGAUCACUUUGCACUGUAAAGUUGACAUUCAGAUAAGUCGGGGUUGAAAAAUUUGGACAACGAGUGUAAAUGUACAAGAUAACCUUGCUUAUUUACUAUCUCCAUCUUGCAUGCAAGGAGGGACAAUACAUUUCGGUUUUCAAGAAAACAGCUAUAUGAGAAGACUACUCAUGAACAAGGGGAGUUGGUCGUUACUCACCCGACACAUGACUAAUGGAAAGAACUCUAUUGAGCGCACCUGAUGAAGUCAUUUCUCAUCUCUCAAGCGGGGUUAUUUCCAAGCUUCCUUGACCCUUCAAAGCGUCAUGCUCAACGUUUGUAUCCUUGCUAUGCGACUCCAUAUUGCUGGAGAUGAUGACCUUGUGCGCAUGAUGCUUGCUUCUAGUUGCUGGAGCUUUGCAACAAGGAGAACUAGGCGCCUGCAUGGUGCGAAGAUGAGCGUCAUUGGAAUGAUCCAGAUCCCUAAUUCAAGUAUCAGCAUAGCUGCCUAGCUUCUGUGAGGCUUCUAAAUUUCUCUGGGUUUUCUUCACCAGACAGCUCUGGUUUGUGUUUACCCCAUGGUUGCUUGCAUAUAUAAGCGUCUUUGGAAGACUUGCCUUGUCCGCAUUCUGCAUGCUAAAUUAUUGCUUAUCGUCACAGUAGUCACUGUUGGCAUUCUACAAAAUUAAUCAUUCCGUUUUUUUUAUUGGAGACGGUAGGGCAACGAUGUACUUCGCAUUUCUGCAAGGGUAAUUUCGAUAGGCCCACAUGAUGUAACCUAUCGGAAUAAAGUUCGCCACGGUGAUGA